UCGCCCCCUCUCGAUCGCCGGCACUGCAAUUCCUUUCUCUCCCCCGAUGCAACGCCAUAUUCUCCCUCGCCUCGCCUCCUCCAGGCGCGUCCACCGGCAGGCGUCGCCUGCAAGUAGGUAGCACGGCCGCGUACGAACAGAUCCGCCCCAUAUAUACCCACGCCCGGCUUGCAAGUACCCACAGGCUCUUCUUCUUCUCCUCCAUUCGCUAGGUGCACGUUGCAGCCAUCGACCGAUCGAGUAAGCUAGCUAUUAGCUAGUAGGAGGGCAGAGGGCUAGCUGUCUGCCAAGGUAGCCUGUCAUCCAUGCACGCGGCGCCGACGGCGGCGGCCGUGGCGAUGCCGGCGGCGGUGACCCACGACGACCUGUCCCUGCGCAAGGCGCACGAGCGCCGCGCCGCGCGGUCGAGCGGCCAGGCCGCCGUCGCGCUCGUCGCGCUCUCCGUCAUCUGCGGCCUCGUCGCCUUCGUCCUCUGCCUCGCCGCCGAGGGGUCGCGCUCCGAGGUCUCCUACUACCUCAUGAGCGUGGGCGGCAGCCGGGACCAGCUGGACGUGUGCUUCUACGGCAGCAGCGGCCGCGCCGCGCUCGCCUACGCCGUCGGCGCCUUCGUCCUGCUCGCCGUCGCCAUGUUCGCGGAGCACGCCUACAUGCUGGUCGCCGUCGCGGCCCCCGAGUCCGCGUCCGCGGGCCUCGCCGUCGCGCAGGACAACCCGCGCGUCGCGUCCACCGCCGCCACGCUCACCUGGCAGACUUGCUGCCUCUUCUUCCUCACAUGGAUCUGCUUCGGGCUCGCCGAGGUGCUGCUCAUGAUCGGCAUAGGCGUGGAGUCCGGCCACAUCAGCGACUGGCGGAAGCCGCGGCCAGUGUGCCACCGGGUGCGGCCCGGGAUGUUCGCCGCCGCGGGGAUCCUGGGGCUCAUCACCGUCGUCGUCGGCUUCGUCGUCUACGUCACGGCCGUGCAGGCGCAGCGGCUGCGGCUGCGCGGGCAGCAGCACUACGGCGGCGGCUACUUCGUCGGCCACGGUGCUCCCCACCCGGGCGUCCAGCACCCGCACCCGCCGGUGCCGCACCCACACCCACACCCACACGCUCACCCUCAUCCUGCGCCAUCCGCGCCGGAGAUUACGGCGGCACCGUGCCAGGUGGAACCCAGCCGUGCGUCCCUCAUCACCAAGGAGGUCGCCGAGGUGUGAAACGCUUGCAAAGGGUCAAACGGAGCACAAACAAGAGCACAGCAACGGCUACAUUCUUUGCCGCCAUAUUAAGUUCUACAUUCUUUGCCGCCUUAUUAAGUUUCCACUAUGUAAGAUUAAGCACCAAGAUUAUUUCGUUGUAAAUGUCAAGGGAUCAUUGUGAAGUGGGAUUAGAUGCGCUUUGAGUUGUAAAGGACUUUGUAAUUGACCUUUCAAAGAAUAAUCCUGAGAUUUCGGUGUUUGAA